AUGAGUGGGCAGUCGGGGUUUCAGCUUUCACGCUUCCAUUUGUCACAUCUUGACGACGCUGCCGGCUGGAGCCAGGUUGCUAAGCUCCGGCGACGCCGGUUGUUGUCAUCGCGACGAAUCUUCCCGUCGGUUGGACCGAUGACGUCAGUUGGCCUGACUCGAUGGCGGGCUGCAAUUCGCCUCGACUCGAGUCGUCCAUGGGCGCCGUUUCGGCCGACGCGAUGCGGCGAGCCGCGGGCAGCGAGCAAGCGCCAAUCAGACGACAGGCUUGGUCCCGCGCGGGCGGCCUCACGCGUCGAUUGGCCGGCCGGCCGGGCUGGCGGGCGGCGUCCGGCCAGCCAAUUGGAGGCGGUGCCUGCGCAGUCGCGUGGACGCUUGGCCACUUCUCUGUCUGGCCGGCUGCGAGAGAGAGGGUGUGAGACAAAGAGGAGUCGGCCGGUACAGGCGCGAGGACAGGCUGACGGACGCCAGACGGACGACCCUAUCCUCGAAGAGUGCGCCAGUCCCGACGACAGAAGCGCAAACCCGACUUGUCUGCCUCUCCCUCUUCCUCUGCCUCUGCCUCUGCCUCUGUCUCUGCCUCUCUCUCUCGCUCUCGCCGUGUCUGUCUCGGCCGGGCCCAUCACCACCGCAUGGCUCGACCGCGACUCGCUCGGCGGGUUGGUUGCCGGCUUCAAUUUAACCGCCAGCCACAAGAGACAAGUGACCGACAGCGAUUACGCCGAACGCGCACUCUUUUGCAUUGCCAGCCAGUUUCCGAGGCUGCGCCAGGCCCGUGAACACUCUCCGUCGCCUCCGCAACACCUCACCUCGGCGAGGCCAUCUCCAGGCCGCCUAGCAACCGGAACUAGGCGACCGACAAGUCCGACGCCGAUGACGGCGGCUCUGCCGGCCGCCGUGCUCCGGCGCAGACUGGAGCCGCUCAGCCUCAUGCAACCUGGCGUAGGACGACUGACGGAAACGACGCCAACGUCAACGCCAACGCCAACGCCAACGGCGACGGCAACGUCGACGGCGACGGCGACGCGGAUGAGCCGAGGUAGCGGGCCGACGCAAGAAGAUGAUGAAGAAGAAGAAGAAGAAGAAGAAGAAGAGGAAGAGGAAGAGGAAGAGGAAGAGGAGAAGAGUUGCCGUUCGCGACGAAGCUCGGUGCCGGAAGGUGGUGGCGACGAGCGGCGGUUAGCGACAAGCGAAGAAGACGAGACGAGGCUGGAGAAGACGGUCGGUGGGGCGUGUGCUGCGGCCGAGUCGACGUCCGGUUGGCCGGAGAAACGCGGCCGUGGCUUCAGCAACGAGGAGCCGGUUGUUGGGCCGAUUUCGAGGCAGCCGACCAGCGGUUGCCAGGCGCGACAGACUCUUGUUUCGUCCGCCUCGAGCCCGCCUCGCCAAACGGACCAGCGCUGGUCGCGAGGUGGGCCUGGUGGUGACGCCGACGCCGACGCCGACGGCGACGGCGACGGCGACGGCGAGGGGGUCGGUGAUGUCACGCCGAUGCCCGACCGCCAAAGGCGACGCAAACUGCCCACGCCCUAUCGACACACGAUGGUACCGACGAGGCCGAGCGACGCGGACAGCCCGCGCCCCCUUCUGGCCGCCAGCUCGCCGAUCGACGCGGCUACGACGCCCGACACUCUGGGACCGUUGAGCCCCAACGGCGACGGCGACGGCGACGGCGACGGCGAUGGCCGCUUAUUGGACGAAGCCCGUCUGGCGGUCGGUUCGCCGACGCCGCCGGCCUCGGGCGCCAGCAGCUCGUCGACCGUCUCGCCGCCCGGUCUGCCGGGCUCGAGCAGCGUCGAGCAGAGAAUGGACCGCCUCGAGGCGGGCCUCGAGCCAGACGAGUCGGCCACGUCGAGUCAGACCGUCGACGGUCGUCACCGAUCGGCCAUCAUCUUCUCACCCUUCUCCAUCGACGCCAUCAUUCGCCGGCGUCAAGUCGCCGGGGCUCGAGCUUCUGCCUCG